GAAAACAAAAAGAACAAAGAAAUCAAAACUUCUGAACCAAAUCAUUCGAAAAUUUUUCUCAAUCCGAUUUCUAGGUUUAGAAAUUUGGAAUUAAGGGUUUAAUCACUUAGUCAUGCCGAAGCGUAAAGGUAAAAGCUUUGUUUUUGAUGACGGAGAAGACGAGAACAGAGAAGAUUCAGUAACAGAUGAUGAUGAGGGUAAUGAAGAUCUUAGCUUGAAGAUAUUAGAGAAAGCUUCAUCGAGGCGUGACACUGGGAACAAUGUUGAUUCUGGUGUAGUUAGUACUGUGAUAGUUAAUGGAGGAACAUCUAAGAUUAAAAGCUCUGAGAGUUGUAAGAAGAUGAAGAAGAGAAAGAAGUUAGAAGCUGCUCAUGAAAUUCCCAUUGUGAGGAAAGACCAAGAUGAGGUGAACAUGGUGGAGGGUAUUGUAAAAGAUGAAGAGGUUGAGACAUUUGCUGAACCAACACCUAGCAAUUUGGUUAUGAACAAGCUUCUUCGUGGAGCAAGAUACUUUGACCCUCCUGAUGCAGGUUGGGUGAGUUGUUAUAGUUGUGGGGAGAAAGGUCAUAUAACUAUCAAUUGUCCGAGUCCUAUAAAGCGUAGAAAGCCUUGUUUUAUAUGUGGGAGUUUGGAACAUGGUGCAAAGCAAUGUUUAAAGGGACAUGAUUGUUAUAUAUGCAAAAAAGCUGGACAUCGAGCUAAAGAUUGUCCGAAUAAGUACAAAAGCAGGUCUAAAGAUGUAUGUUUAAGAUGUGGAGACUUUGGACAUGACAUGGUUUUGUGCAAGUAUGAGUAUUCUCAAGAAGAUUUGAAGGAUAUACAAUGUUAUGUCUGUAAAAGCUUUGGCCAUCUAUGUUGUAUCGAACCUGGUGAUUCACUGUCAUGGGCUGUAUCUUGUUACAGAUGUGGACAACGGGGUCAUACCGGACUGGCAUGUGGUAGACACUACGAUGAAAGCAAUGAAAAUGAUUAUGUCAAACCAUCAUACUUCAAGUGUGAGGAAGAAGAGCAUUUUAAGCGCGACGCAUCUUAUUCAUCCCGCGUACGCUUUCAAGAAAACAGUAGGGAAGCCAGUGAACGCUUUGGGUGUGGAGAAGAAGGGCAUUUCUCGCGUGAAUGCUCGACUUCGUCGAGAAUAAUAAGCACUUCACAGGGCAGAGACUCACAGCGUUUAUGCUACAAAUGUAAACGAAGAGGCCAUUUUGCUUGUGAAUGCCCCAAGUCCUCCCAGUACCAGGAUAAAUUGGAUACAUAUCUAACAAGAAACUCCAACUUAAUGCAGAGCAUCGACCAAUUAGUCAAUGAUUUCAUUUGAGUCCAAUUGUUAUUAUUUGUUCUUUUAUUCAGAUUUGUUUUACAACUAAAUAUAUGUUCUAAGCUUAAAUAAACAUGGCUCCAAUCCUAGUAUAAUAUGAAUCCUGUUAGAAUUUUAAGCUGAGUUAAUAAUAGUUCAAUAGAGUAUAGCUUCAUGAA